UGUUUCUUCUUAAGCACCAGACACACUUCACUCACCUCAAAGACAGACAGCAGCUCAAUCCUCAACCAUGCGGACUCCAGGGAUUCUGAUAUUCGGGAUGGUCAUGGCACCCUGCGGCUGGGUCCUGGACCUGACCAGCACGGUUGCAACAAACUGGCGCACUGUCAACAACGUGCCAGGUUUCUCUACAGAUAUGGUCGUGGGACAGGGAAUCUGGGAUAGCUGCUUGACCUACACAUCGUCUAGAACCCAAACGUGUAACCAACAAGGCAACGACCAAAUCUACUUCACCAGCCAAAUCAUUCCAAUUGCUCAAGGAAUGAUGAUCGCAUCCUUGAUCGUAACUGCACUCGGCUUGGUGGUGGCAACUCCUGGUGUCCGAUGCUGGAGGGAAAAACCCAGAUGGAUACUGGCUGCGCUGGGUGGCCUUCUCAUCUUCUGCUCCGGCGUCCUGGCCAUCAUUCCCAUUGCGUGGUACACUCACAUAAUGACCAGCAUCAAUUCCACAAUGGUCAUAAGAAGCACGACGACGACCCCAGACAUCCGUGUAGGAUACUGCAUCAUUUUGGGCUACAUUGGAGGCAUCAUGGAGGUCCUCGGUGGAUUCGUGAUGUUCAUCGGGAUUUGCUCCUGCUGCGGGGGACGGAAUCGUGGAGAAAAGCCUGAACCCAAAACAAGAGAAAGGCCUGUGACCAGACCAACGGCUCAGCCGAGGAGCUACAGACCAAGAACUGUGAGUCCAAGCAAUUCCAGCAGCGUACCAUACUCGCAGAAGUCUCUGGACGAUGACCUGGACUUCCCAAGAGCCAAAACCAGAGACAGAGAUAGAGGUAGAGGAACAGACAGAGGGAGAGAUUUGGGAUCAGUCAAUGCAUCAUACACUGGAAGACCGUAUGAUGCUGAUCUCUAGAGGUAUUAACUUGGUUAGGACAUACUGUGAAUAUUCUUUUACAAUUUUGUGAGUGUAGACGACAAAGCUUUUUGAGCAACUGGAGUGUAAAUUCUUGGAAUUGUUGUUACACCAGUUUUUUUUUUUUACAACGUACAAGUACACUGUAUAAACAGAUUUUUCAAAGUUUGUUUCAUGAGAAUACUAGUCUUUCUGAUUCUGAGUUUAACUGUAAUUCAAUGUCUUGUUUGACUUCUAGUUGCAAUUAAUUGUGAAUUUUCUACAGCAUUCUUUUUUACAAGUAUACAAGUGUACUUUGAAUGUUUACAGCAGUUACUGUUUGUGCUUUCCAUUUGCAACCUGAAGCUAAACAACUCUGAAUUUGUAAAUAGCUAUAAUGUCGGUUUAAAAUUAGCUCAUGCACCUUAAUGAACAUAUAAUCGGUAUCACAUUAAUAUCGUAAGGUUCGAUUUAAUACCAAAUUAUAACAAAUGUCAUUUGAAUGCAUUUAAUGUGCAAUAUUUUCCUUUGCUGUGGAAAUACAGUACAAGCUAAAGUUAGUCAUCAUGGUUUCUGUAAUGCAGUAAAACUAGUAAUACUGGUUGUUUCAGUUUGAUCUCCACACGAGAUUAUGGGUCAUGUUUGGAUUGUCAGGUGAUCCAUGAGUCAAGUGAACAAUGAAACGAUAGCAAUGAAGAAGUAAAUGCCUACUUUGUGUUAUUGGUUUUUUUUUUUUUAAAUGUAAUAGUAUGAGCAAGAAGCUGUUGUAGAACAAUGAGCUGAGUUUGUACCUUCAGUCAGCAUCAAAACAAACUUGUACAGUACCUGUUACGUAAAUUGACUAUGGAGCAAAAUAUGAAAUAUAUUACCACAAUAAAUUAUGCUAAUUAAUCAUUAACUGUAGAACAGUUACAUGUGACAGCAGCAAGGUGUAAAUGAGGUUAAAUUUCUAAAACCAUAAAAAGCUUUCAGACAGAGGAAGUAGAUGUAUUCAUUUUUUGCUGCAUUAUUUUUUUCCCUGUAACUCAUCAGAUUAUGCUGUAUUUUACACUGGGCUUAAGAUUUGUGAGGUUUCUUAACAAUGCAACUUUGUGUAAAUGUUCUUUUCUUGUAUUAAAGUACUAUUUAUUUAA